CAUCGUCCAAUAUCACUACCAACCAACGGGCCAUCUAGACACUGGACCUAUUUUACCUGCCAGAAAGAAAAAAAAAAACUUCCUGCUCCCCCCACCGGCCUCUGUUUUAGAAGCGGCCUGACUUUGAUCGGUUUCCUGAGAAUCGCAGAGUACUUAAACUGUCGACUCACUCCAUCUCAGUCUUUCUCGAACCAUCCUAUCAUUCAUUUCGCUACACUCUGCGAUACCCUCACAGGUUAAACUCCUUGCCAUCAAAUCACCCUCUAAUCUUCCGGAUCUUUGUUUCCUUCGGGCAACAAUACCAUAUACUAAUAAUCGCCCCUGUCUCAAAGCCUUAGCCCAAAACCCGACCGACCCACAUCUAAUAAUUAAUUACCUCAUCCCACCAGCAACCAUGAUUUACUCCCGCUCUCAAUCAUCGCCUGUUUUACUCUCUUUUCUUGUUAGCCUGCUAGCUGCGACAACCCAAUCGAUUCCUAUCAACGCCUCGGGCACCCUGAACAAUGUGGCUGCUCCUAUCACCACUUCAAUCCACCCGUCCGGAUUGACCGACUGUCACCCUCUCAUCAAGCGCGCCGUUGGUGGAAUCGCGAUUUCUGGUGUCCCUGCUGGCGUUAAUGGCCGGCUGGACGUCGUCCGACGAGCAGUGGGCACAGUUGCUGAUUCCGGAUGUGGAUCCGCUGCCGCAACCCAUACCGUCUCGGCCUUGGCGAAACGAUCGGUGUCAGACGGAGCCGGCAACAUUGCGCCGAUCGACUUACCGGAGAUUCCUGCGGCGCCGCUCGUUGACGUCGCUGAGGUCGUCGACGAAGUCCCAGUAGUGGGCCAUCUCCUCCCGGUCCUUGUCAAGAGAUCCAAGAAGAUCGUCACCCCACCGGCCCCCAAGAAGUCCGUGCCCCAGGCUCCCCCCAAGGCCCAGUCCAGGAUCACCGGCUACCCCGCCCCGUCCCGAGCAGCCGGCAGCCCCGACACUGAACAGAAGUGGGCUCAUGCCCGCGCAUGGAAGUGAGAGACUUCCUGCAUAGUCCCAUGCGCAUCAUCCACAUAGCCCGCAGGCAUCUUUCACUCCUUUCGACGAUCUCGCAUUCUUUUCUUCAUUUUCUUUCCUUCAUCAUGGCCAAACAUGUCGCCUGUUACCAUGUUCAUCAGCGAUCCAUCCUUUCAUUACUCUCUACUUCAUGAGCUCAUUUUCGAUUGCCGAUAUGGGUCUCUCUACUUAUUUUAGUAACACUUCUGACAAUUGAUGUAAAUUCCAUGAAUUCUUUCACUGCUAUUAUCAUCACUCCCAUAAUAAUCGUGGUGAUUGGUUCCACUUUUCUUAUUUUUCUUGCUUCACUCUUUAUGAUAUUAAUCACCCCUCAGCUCUUUCCCUACAAAAGUCUUAGUUUUGUCGUAGUAAGUGCUGAGUUUGAGUGAGCUUGAUCCAGUUGUCCCCCCC